AGAUGGCGAAAAUAUAUCUUACAAAUUGACAAUUGCAGUGCAGACGAAAAUCCCAUUCACAAUUUCACAAGAUAAGCACGUGUUUGUGAAGAAACACAGAUUUGCUUCACUAUAAUCAUUGACAAAGUUUGCUUUAAAGGCGAAGAUGAGCGAUAAAGAGGAAGCGAUGGAUGACGGCGUUCGUGUCAAUGACGAAGAAAUGAAGGCCGAUGAUGAUGAUGACAGUGAGAACUAUGAGGAAAAUGACAGUGACGCAGAAGAAGAGGACGACGAAGAUAGCCAAGACGAAGAGGAAGCAGGGGAAGAAGAUGAGAAUGAGGGCCCACAACAAACUUACUUACCAGGAAAACCCUUGGAGGAAGGAGAAGAACUUGUUUGUGAUGAAAAUGCCUAUCUCAUGUUUCAUCAAGCUAAUACAGGUGCUCCUUGUCUUAGUUUUGACAUCAUCCCCGAUGGCUUGGGAAGUGAGCGCACUGAUUUUCCACACACCGCUUAUCUGCUAUCUGGAACCCAAGCAUCCACAGACUUCACUAACCGUCUUAUUGUUAUGAAAAUGUCAAACAUGCAAAAGACUCAACCUGAAUCUGACAGUGAAGACAGUGAUGAUGACGAUGAUGAAAAUGUGAUGAAACCGGAUCUUGAGUGUGCAAUUAUCCACCAUCAGGGUUCUGUGAACAGAGUCAGGAUGUGUGUUGUUGGAGACAAACCAUUAGCAGCUUCAUGGUCUGAAACAGGCAAAGUAUUUUUAUGGGAUCUAACUCACCCUUUGAAAGCUGUUAAUGAUCCAGUUUUGCUGAGGAACUAUGUUGAAAAUAAAGAGAGUCCCAGACCACUUUUCACUUUCAAAGGUCAUACCACGGAAGGGUUUGCAAUGGAUUGGUCUACACCCAUGCCUGGUGUUUUGGCCACGGGUGAUUGCAAAAAGAACAUCCACAUUUGGAAACCAAGUGAAGGUGGUCUUUGGGCUGUAGAUCAGCGUCCUCUCAUUGGUCAUGAUGCAUCUGUUGAAGAUUUGCAGUGGUCACCUAAUGAACCUAAUGUUCUCGCGUCUUGUUCCGUCGAUCGCAGUAUUCGUAUUUGGGAUACACGAGUUCAGCCAAGUAAAGCGUGCAUGCUCGCCGCAAUCAAUGCCCACGAAAAUGACAUCAAUGUUAUCAAUUGGAACAAGAAGGAACCUUUCAUUCUGUCCGGAGGUGACGAUGGAAAGCUGCACGUAUGGGAUUUACGACAAUUUCAGUCGAGCACACCUGUUGCAACUUUCAAGCAUCAUACUGCACCAAUCACUUCGGUAGAAUGGCACCCAACAGACUCUACCGUAUUUGCAUCGGCAGGAGCUGACGAUCAGAUUGCUUUAUGGGAUUUGGCUCUGGAGAAAGACGAAGAAACUGCGAUUGUAGAUCCUGAACUUGCUGUAAGUAAAAUAUUUUUCGCCCAAAGAAACACAUCCACCUUCAUUGACUCUGUAUAUUUUUUUCUGCAGGACUUAGCACCACAAUUACUGUUUAUCCAUCAGGGACAGAAGGAAAUUAAAGAACUGCACUGGCAUCCGCAAAUUCCUGGCAUGAUUAUCAGCACAGCUAUAACUGGUUUCAAUAUAUUCAAAACUAUAAGCGUGUGAGAGUGGUAGAAAAUCUAUGUACUAAUGACACGUUGAUAUAUAAAUUUGCCCAAUGAAUUACUGAACCACAUCUGUGUUGAUUAAAUGUCUCAUGGUAGGACGUCCGUGCGGGCAAUUCUAAUAAAAACAAUUCACAUUUA